AUGGCACUAACAAUUCUGUCUUCUGUGUUAAAUCAGCUCUCAAUUCUCCUGCGUGAAGAGGGACAUGAGGUUGAAUUCAUCGGGGAUGAGUUGGGGCACAUGAGAGCAUUCCUGAGAGUGGCAGAAACAAAGGAAGAAGGUGCAGAUCCCAGGCUCCAAGAAUGGAUCAAGCAAGUACGAGAAGCCGCUUAUGACAUUGAAGAUGUUCUUGAUGAAUUCAUGGCUCUCUUUGCUCGCCAUCCAGCAACAGGCUUCCAUGGCUCUGUUCGGACAAUUUUCAACUCCAUAAAGACAUUGCGAGCUCGUCAUAAUGUUGCUGAGCAACUACAAAGCAUCAAGGCCAGAGUAAAGAAUAUUUCUGAAGGGCAUCGGAGAUACCAAUCAGAGUUCGGUGUUACUAUCCAAGCGGCCGAGUCUCUUGCUGCUGUUAACAACACAACAUGGCGCUAUAGCAGGGAUGAUGCACUUCUCGUGGAAGAAGCUGAACUAGUUGGCAUUGAUAACCCCAAACAACAGCUGAUUUCUCAACUAUUCGAGGGCGAUGAUUCCCAGCUCAAAGUUGUUUCAGUGGUUGGCAUGGGAGGUCUCGGUAAAACUACAUUAGUUAAAAAAGUCCAUGAAGAUUUAGAUGUUAGAAGGCAUUUCCCAGUUCGUGCCUUCGUAACUGUCUCUCAAACAUGCAACUUCCAAGAACUCCACAAAGACUUGGCUCGGCAGUUACACAAUGAAUUGAAGAAACCAGUUCCAGAAUCGAUUGAGGCAAUGACUGCAAUUCAGCUGAAACAAUUUGUUAAAGAUUUUCUUCAACAAGCUGGAAGGUAUGCAAUUGUGUUUGAUGAUGUAUGGGAUACGGAAUUUUGGAAUGCAAUCAGAAUUACACUACCCAAGAAUGGCUAUGGCAAUCGUGUCAUGUUAACAACACGAAAAGCCGAUGUAGCCUUUGCAUCUUGCACCCAAUCUCAGGAUUAUGUCUUCAGAAUGGUUCCCCUGUCUUUCGAGGAUUCAUGGACCCUAUUUUGCAACAAGAUCUUCAAAGGAAAUGGUUGUCCUGCCCAUCUAACAGAUGUUGCCAAAGGUAUAUUGGGGAAAUGUCAGGGAUUGCCCCUUGCGAUUGUUGCAAUCAGUGGGCUUUUGGUUUUGAAAGACUUGACUAUUGCAGAGGAAUGGGAGAUGGUUCGACGCAGCCUAGUGGGUGAAUUGGAAGGCGCUGGUAUGCUGGACAGGGUCAGAAAGAUACUUUCUCUCAGUUACAUUGAUCUACCUUGCCAUCUUAAGACCUGUUUGUUGUAUUUAAGCAUUUACCCAGAGGAUUUUGAAAUACGUUGUCAUAGACUUGUUCAAUUAUGGUCAGCUGAAGGAUUUGUAGGAAAGACAGAAGGAAUGACAAUGACAGAUGUAGGCUUCAAUUACCUCAGAGAACUUGUCAAUAGGAGUCUAAUUCAAGUGACUAAAAGUUUUUAUGAAGGAAUCCCUUACACAUGUCGAAUCCAUGACCUAGUGCGAGAAGUUGUUCUUUCCAAGUCAAGGGAACAAUAUAUGAUCACAAUUACAUCUGGACAGUGCACAAGGUGGUCAUCUGAGAAGGUUUUGGAUUUGAGUGAUGAAGAGACACUGGAGGAAAUCCCAAAUGAGAUUUUCAACUUGUAUCCAUGGUUCGCCAUCGCGGGUCGCGGUCGCAUCGCGGUCUCAGUUGUUUCACAUCCGUCGCGGCAUAUCGGGAUUUCAAAUCUGAGAAGAGAAGAUGGAAAGGUGCUCUGCUCCUCCCUUGCCACCCUCACUAGUCUUCAGCUACUAAACAUUGCUUCAAUUAGAAAUGAUGGUGGUGAUUAUGAGGUAAUGGAUCUGAAUCUUGUACAACAACAGUCUCGUUCAUCUUCAGUGUCUUCUUCAUUUCUCCAAUCUCUUCGUAUGCUAGUAUUGCAUGGCCCCUUAGAAAAGAUGGCGAAAUGGAUAGCACAUCUUCAAAGCUUGGUAAGAAUAUAUUUGAAGUGGAGCGGUUUAAGGGAUGAGGAGGAUCCGCUUGAACCCCUCCACUAUUUGCCAAAUUUGGUUACUAUUCAUUUUUGUGGAUCUUACCAAGGAGAGGGGUUGUGUUUCAAGGCUGGAGGAUUCCUGAAGUUAAAGGAUUUGCACCUCCAGAAAUUAGAAAAGUUAAAAUGGCUGAAAGUGGAGGAGGAUGCAUUACCCAAUCUCCACGAACUGGGUCUGGAUAGACUUCCAUUGCUAGAGGAGUUACCAGUUGAUAUUCAACACUUGGGCCAUCUUCAAAAGCUGGCUUUGCUUGGGUUGAGUUAUCAACUGAUGGAGAAGCUAAAUAAUCUGAAUGAAGAUAGUGAACAUUAUGGAAAAAUUGCACGCAUUCCUGAAGUUGAAAUUGCGUUUUUGACAAAUGAGGGAUGGAAAUAUUGCCAGCUAUGGGGGAAGAAGAUGUAA